AUGUCUCAGCAAGAGCUACAAGAUCUACGCCGGCGCCUUGAAGAGGAGCAACGACUACGAGAAGAAGAACGACGACUACGAGACCAGGCUGAGGAACAACUGAGAGCUCAAAUGACUCAAAUCCAAGAAACGACACUCCCCGAAUUCCUUGAUGGCUGCCAUCUGCAUUUAUUCCUCGGGCUUUCCAUACAACAAGAUAAAAGCUCAUCAACCAAGGGCGAUCCAGCAAACGCCGACCGCAAACUCCGCCCCGAUAAAAUUCGUGAAUGGGCCAGUUUUCCGACCGAACAGGCUUCAAUAUGGAAGGGCUUGAUGGGCAACAAGUUUACGACGGAGCGUCAUUUUACACCUCUUUUGGCUUUAAAAGAAUACGGGAAGGAGGCCCGGCAAAGGAUGGUAAGCUCCGAGUUGGAUUUAGGAUACUUUCAAAGACAGACCGUGGAGUCGCGCGUCGCUUCCGUCGUGACACAGCUUUACGCGAACCCUCAACUUCGGCAAAUCUUUUGUUUGAAGGGCGAUAUCGCUUUCGAAAACCACGCCAACACCUUAACAGAUGAGUCGAAUAUGGUCGCAGACAUGGGCUCUCUGAGCUUGUCUCAAGGGCAGCCCCGUCGCUCGAACCGCUUAGCCGCAAAAUCCAAGGUCGGCCGUGCAGCGCAAUCUCCGCAGAGAGGUCAGAAAAAUACACAAACACGGACUUCUCGGCCUCGAGCAGACCAGUUCUGUGUUUACAACAAAAGCCCAGAAGAGAAGGUUCCGGCUUUCAUUGUUGAGUACAAGGCACCUCACAAGGUCUCCCUAGCUCACAUCAGGGCUGGCCUUCAAGAUAUGGAUCUGGACGAGGUCCUCCAUGUGCAGGGAGAAGAAUCACCCGAGGACAUAUGUCGUCGUAUUGUGGCCGCAAUCAUUACUCAAACGUUCUCUUAUAUGAUCCUUUGUGGGGUAGAGUUCGGCUUGGCCUGCACCGGUGAGGCGUACAUAUACCUUCGCGUCCUGGACCACGAUCCUUCUACAGUGUACUACUACCUUUCUGUGCCGAAGGAGGAUGUCGGCUUAGCCACCGGAUGGACAGGCGACCUCGAUAGCGACAAUCGACUGCAUCUGACUGCAGUCGGCCAGAUGGUGGCGUUCACUCUUCGCGCUUUGCGAGAACCGAUACGAGAUAUCGCCUGGACAAACUGGGCGGCCGAUGAAUUAAAGACUUGGGAGAUGAUGUACGACGAUCUUUUGGAGGAGAUCGCGGAGAAGGACAUCCCUGCUUCUGACUUUAAACCAUCGCCUCGAAGUCGCUUGGAAUACUCCCGAGUAUCUCCUGUCAAGACUAGAUCCAGAUCUGCCGUUGUCGCGAUCUGUAACCCUUCGCGGGGCUCAAGACCAUCCGGUCAUGAUGACUCUGAAGAUGGUUUCGAUCCUAAUACUCCAAGUCGACGACCUCCAGAGUCCCGCCUUUCUCACCCAUCGAGUUCCUCGUCUUUAUCGACGGGUCUUAAAUCGCACGGAUCACGCUCCCAAGGCAAGUCACGGCAGUACUGCACCCAAGAGUGCCUUCUAGGCCUGGUCAAAGGGCGGAACUUGGAUCGAAAUUGCCCCAACGUGUCUGAUCAUGGGAUUGAACGACACCGAUUAAACCGGACAACCCUUAUGCGACGGCUCAAGCAGCAGCUCUCUCAUCCUAGUUUGCGCCCCAACACAAAAUUAGGGUGCGAAUCGCUACAUGUGCAUGGGAAACGUGGGGCACUUUUUAAAAUCACUCUCUGGUCUCACGGUUAUACAUUUGUGGGAAAAGGCGUGCCGAUGGAAUUUGUGAACGGUUUGAAGCACGAGGAGCUCGUAUAUUCACGUCUUGCCUCAGUUCAAGGGACGUUUGUGCCAGUUUUCCUUGGCAGUCUGCAGCUUCACCGCCCGUUUUCAUAUGAUGGUAUCGCGGAGAUCGUUCAACUGAUGUGUAUGGGCUUCGCCGGAAGAACUCUUGCCCGUCAGCAUGCGCUCGAUCGCCAUCAGAUGAUUCAACGAGCAGGGAUAUCCCUGCGAAAGAUUCAUAGUUUUGGUGUGCUUCAUAGCGAUCCCAUACCGGGGAAUAUGACCUGGAACGAGCAGGACCGCUGUGUGAUGUUUAUCGACUUUGAGCGCUCAACCCUACAACCUCAACGCCGAAUGCCACUGGGUCUCAUUUGUAAUCAAAAGCGCAAACGGGAGGCCGGACCCUUGGAGAAGAGUGCUAACAAACGUCUGGACUGUUUUGAGCGGGAGAAAAGGCGGAUGAUUAAUGGGCUAUAA